ACUUUGUGUCACGUGUUUCCGCCCAGGCUCGCUUGGACAGGGAGAUUGUCGAUACUGCAGUUGUUGUGGUGCAGUAAUGUCAAAGAUUUGUAUAACUAAACAUUCUGUUGUAAUGUUAUCCCUUUGGUGACUACUGCGGAUGGCUGUGUGUGCCAGGCUCUGCGGAGUGGGUCAGUCUCGGAGGUGCAGGCAGCGUCAGCGGCAUAAUCAACAGGAUCAGGGAAGCGACUCCGAUAUGGACGAGGAGGAAGGGGAGCGGAUUGUGGGUGAGACACAAUCCGUCACCGGCGGCCCGGAAAACUCUGCUGCGGCAGGGCCGAGUGUGGCCCAUGAAGCCGCUGCUGACAGUGCAAGCACCGUACCACCGAACCCGCAGUCCCUGUUGGAUCUGCCCCCAGAGAUUUUAGUGGAAGUAUUCUCAUCUCUCCCAGGCACGGAGUUACCAAACCUGGCCCUCGUCUGCAAGAAAUUCAGGCAAAUUCUCAACACGGAAACCAUCUGGAGAAGGCGAUGCACGGAGGAGUUUGGAAUGAGGGAGGACCUGCGCAAGAUGGAGGUGGUGGGUGUGUCCAGUCGGGAGCUCUAUGCCAAACGUGUUAACCCUCGGGUGAAGUCUGGCCGCUUUAUGAAGCUCCUACCGGACUACGAGCACAUGGACUACAGGGACGUGUACAGGCACUUGCUGCACCCAUACAGACACAUCCUGGGUCUUUGGCAGCCUGACAUAGGCCCGUACGGAGGGCUGCUCAACGUGGUGGUUGACGGGCUGUUCAUCAUCGGCUGGAUGUACCUGCCCCCCCACGACCCUCGGGUCGAGGAUCCCAUGAGGAGGCGGCCACUCUUCCGCAUCCACAUGUGGGAGAGCAACAAGGUGGCGGUAGAGUGCAUGUACGGACACAAGGGCCCUCACAAGGGGGACAUCCAAACUGGGAAGAAGGAUGAGUUCUCGACCAAGUGCAACCAGACAGAUCAUCACCGCAUGCCAGGGGGGAGGCAGGAGGAGUUCCGCACAUGGCUGGAGGAGGAGUGGGGGAGGACACUGGAGGACAUCUUCCAUGAGCAUAUGCAGGAGCUCAUUCUUAUGAAGUUCAUCUACACAAGCCAAUACGAUAACUGCCUGACGUACCGGCGGAUCUACCUCCCCCCCCUGAUGCCCUCGGACCUGCUGCAACCGGGCCUGUUUAAAGGCACCUAUGGCAGCCACGGCCUGGAGAUCGUCAUGCUCAGCUUUCAUGGGCCCUGCGCCAGGGCCACCAAGCUUACUGGGGACCCCAAUGUCCCAGCAGGCCAGCUAACGCUUGACGUGGACCUGAACCGGCCUGUGUGCCUGCCGGACCUGGUGCACCAGCGCAGCAUAGAAGAGCUGUCUCGCCUGGUGCUGGGGAUGCACGAGGACGCGCAGCGGGAGGUGCAGAACCCAGACGUGGCCCCCCAGGGAGCUGCUUCAGAGGGGGUUGUGGCUGGUGGUGCUGGGGCAGCGGGGCUGGGGUCGGCUAUGGAAGCCCAGUCAGAGAGCCCCCAGCCUGGGCCCAGUAACAGCAGCGCUUCCUCAGAGGCCCAGCCUUUCGUCCUGCCUCUGGGGGUCAUGACCCGCAAUGAGGUUUACCCCCGAACCUGCAAGAUGUGCUUUUACGGAACAGGCCUGAUUGCAGGCCACGGCUUCACAAGUCCGGAGCGCACACCGGGCCUGUUUGUCCUGUUCGACGAAGACCACUUCGGCUUCAUCUGGCUAGAGCUCAAGUCGUUCAGCCUUUACAGCCGCCUGACGGACCGGCUGGCCCACGCCUAUGCCCCCGACAUGGAGCGCUUUGAGGCCAUGCUGCGCAACAUGCAGUCUUGGACAUCCUGAUGGGGCAGACAGACACAGGCUUACCUAGACCCCGUACACACAUCCCGAGUGUUGACCGCACCUGGAAAACAUUUGGGAACCUAGUUGUAACCAAUAACUAAGGCCCGUUGUUUUUUCCUGAUCAGGUGAUGUGGUUAGGCAAAACUCUUGGUCUUAAUUAUCACUCAUGUAUGUAUAUCUUUCCCCUAUAGAACCCCGAAAUGCUUACACACAGAAAAGCCCCAUAUUUACUACCCCUGUAGAAUCCCUCUCUACUGUACACAGCUUCACAAUCCCAAAUCACCUCCACACUGUCCCACACAUUUCUGGCUCUGGCCAGAAACAACCUUUUGCCCUACCACCUAGGCACCUGAAGUAUCCUUGCUCCCUGUCCCAUGUUUCCCCUCUUUUCACCUCCACACGACAUCGGUAUCUCUGCUGCGGCAUACCCAGAGGUCAUAUGAUAUGACAAAGGCUUCCUUAACAGCUUAGUUAUUAAUUUUUAAACCAGAGAAGAGGAUUUUACUUUUCAUCCCACAAACCCCAGAACAAACGCUCUGUGCCUCUGAGUUGUAAUGUAUACAUCAUGUCUAUAUUGCCUAAUGCUACAGUGCCUUGCAAAGUAUUCAUCCCCCUUGGCAUUUUUCCUAUUUUGUUGCAUUACAACCUUUAAUUUAAAAUGAUUUUUAUUUUGAUGUCAUAAUUGACAUGCAGAAAAUGGUCCAAAUUGGUGAAGUGAAAUGAAAAAAACAAGUUAAAGAAAAUUCACAAAAAGGGGAAAAGUGGUGCGUGCAUAUGUAUUCAUCCACUUUGCUAUGAAUCCCAUAAAUAAGAUCUGGUGCAACCAAUUAUCUUCGGAAGUCCCAUAUUUGGUUAAAUAAAGUCCACCUGUGUGCAAUCUAAUUGUCACAUGAUCUGUCACAUGAUCUCUGUAUAUAUACACCUGUUUUGAAAGGCCCCAGAGUCUGCAACACCACUAAGCAAGGGGCACCACCAAGCAAGCGGCACCAUCAAGACCAAGUAGCUGUCCAAGCAGGUCAGGGACAAAGUUGUGGAGAAGUACAUAUCAGGGUUGGGUUAUAAAAAAAUAUCUGAAACUUUGAACAUUCCACAGUGCACCAUCUCGCCAACAGCCAAUGAAAUUGCAGGGCGCCAAAUACAAAUCAACAGAAAUCUCAUAAAUCAAAUGUCUCAAACACAUAAGUAUUAGGCACCAUUUUAAAGAUACAAUUCUCGUUAAUCCAGCCAUAAUGUCUGAUUUCAAAAAUGUUUUACAGUGAAUGCUCCACAAACGAUUAUGUUAGGUCACCACCAAUUCCAACCAUUUUUCCAGCCAAAGAGAGGAGUCACAAAAAGCACAAAUAGAGAUAAAAUUAAUCACUAACCUUUGAUGAUCUUUAUCAGAUGACACAAUACAUGUAUGUUUUGUUCGGUAAAGUUCAUAUUUAUAUCCAAAAAUCUUACUUUACAUUGGCGUGUUACGUUCAGUAGUUCCAAACAUGCAGUGAUUUUGCAGAGAGCCGCGUGAAUUCACAGAAUAAUAAUAAAUAAAUAAUAUAAAUAAUAAUAUAAAUAAUAUAAUACAUUUAGAAUAAUAAAUGUUGAUGAAAAAAAACUAUUAUACAUGUAACUUUAGAUACACUUCUCCUUAAUGCAACCGCUGUGUCAGAUUAAAAAAAAAAACGGAAAAAGCAUAAUCUGAGAACGGCGCUCAGAGCCCAAACCAGCCAGAGAAAUAUCCUCCAUGUUGGGUAGUCAACAUUAUUCAUAAAUAGCAUUAUAAAUAUUCACUUACCUUUGAUGAUCUUCAUCAGAAUGCACUCCCAGGAAUUGCAGUUCCACAAUAAAUGCUUGUUUUGUUUGAUAAUGUCCAUCAUUUAUGUCCAUUUAUGUCCAAUAGCUUCUUUUGUUAGGGCGUUUGGUAAACAAAUCCAAAAGCGCGAUCCGGUCCAUUCGGACAAAAUGUUCAAAAAGUUAUAUUACAGGUCGAAGAAACUUGUCAAACUAAGUAUAGAAUCAAUCUUUAGGAUGUUUUUAUCAUUAAAGGUCAAUAAUGUUCCAACCGGAGAAUUCCAUUGUCUGUAUAAAAGCAAUGGAACGAGAGCUGCCUCUCAAGGGAAAGCGUGUGGCUGAGAACGAGGCUGUAGUCAAACCCCUUAGUCAAACAGCUCCCAUCCGGCACCCCUUCACAUGAGAAGCCUGAAACAAUGUUCUAAAGACGGUUGACAUCUAGUGGAAGCCCUAGGAAGUGCAAAAUAACCCAUAUCCCACUGUGUAUUCGAUAGGGGUGAGUUCAAAAACUACAAAACUCAGAUUUCCCACUUCCUGUUUGGAUUUCUCAGGUUUUUUUCUAUCCACUACAAAUAAUAUGCAUAUAUUAGCAUCUGGGACGGAGUAGGAGGCAGUUCACUCUGUGCACGCUAUUCAUCCAAAAGUGAAAAUGCUGCCCCCUAUCCCAAACAAGUUUUAAAUCCAUUAUUAAAAAAUGGAAAGAAUAUGGCAACUCAACAAACCUGACAAGAGGGCGGCCCACCAAAACUCAUGGACCAAGCAAGGAGGGCAUUAAUCAGAGAGGAAACUAAGAGACCAAAGAUAACCCUGAAGGAGCUGCAAUGCUUUAUGGAAGAGUUGCCAUAAUGGGCUUUAUGGAAGAGUUGCCAUAAAGAGUUGCCAUAUAAAAGCCAUUGCUUAAAGAAAAAAAUAACAAACACGUUUGGUGUUCGCCAAAAGGCAUGUGGGAGACUCCCCAAACAUAUGGAAGAAGGUACUCUGGUCAGAUGACACUCAAAUUUAGCUUUUUGGCCAUCAAGGAAAACGCUAUGUCUGGCACAAACCCAACACCUUUCAUCACCCCGAGAACACCAUCCCCACAGUGAAGCAUGGUGGUGGCAGCAUCAUGCUGUGGGGAUGUUUUUCAUUGGCAGGGACUGAGAAACUGAUCAGAAUUGAAGGAAUGAUGGAUGGUGCUAAAUACAGGGAAAUUGUUGAGGGGAAACCUGUUUCCGUCUCCCAGAGAUUUGAGACUGGGAUGGAGGUUCACCUUCCAGCAGGACAAUGACCCCAAGUAUACUGCUAAAGCAAUACUCGAGUGGUUCCACAUUUAAAUGUCUUGGAAUGGCCUAGUCAAAUACCAGACCUCAAUCCAAUUGUGAAUCUGUGGUGUGACUUAAAGAUUGCUGUACACCAGCAGAACCCAUCCAACUUGAAGGAGUUGGAGCAGUUUUCCUUGAAGAAUGGGCAAAAAUCCCAGUGGCUAGAUUUGCCAAGUUUAUAGAGACAUACCCCAAGAGACUUGCAGCUGUAAUUGCUGCAAAAGGUGGCUCUACAAAGUAUUGACUUUGGGGGUGAUGAAUAGUUAUGCACGCUCAAGUUCUGUUUGUCUCAUUUGUUUCACAAUAAAAACAUAUUUUGCAUCUUCAAAGUGGUAGGCAUGUUGUGUAAAUCAAAUUAUAUAAACCCCCCAAAAAAUAAAUUUUAAAUCCAGGUUUUAAGGCAACAAAAUAGGAAAAAUGCCAAGGGUGGGUAAAUACUUUUGCAAGUCAUUGUAAGAGAGGUGAGUGGAAUUUCUACUAAAACUUAUUCUUUAAUGAUUUUGUUUGGAUGCAUGCUGUAUUUUCAGUUUAAUGCCACCUGUUUCCAAUACUCUUAUUCACAAUCUGAGACACUUUUGGUUUGCUAUAUAUUAGUGUGUACAUUGCUCUUCGUUUGGUUCACAGGUGGCAUUAUGGUGUUAGAAAAGAUCUCCGGUGCUUUUACUCUUUUCGUCUCAUGGUCAAGGAAAAUAUAAUGUAUUUUAAUAUUACAAUAUUACGCAAUUGGGCAUUUGCAUAUCAGAAAUUGCUACUUUUUAUUUUCAAAAUACUUCUAAUGGAUAGUAUGUAGUAAAAUGGAAAUAUUUAAUGACUGGAUGUUUCAACAUAUUAGUAUUUUCUACAUGUUGGCAAAAAGCUUACGCUGUACUGUCGCUGUAUCAGCCAUUUGUAUUUAGACUGAUAGCAUAUUGCCCUAUUGGAUGCUUUUAACAGGAUGUUAUAAAGGUAUUGCAACACCCGUUAGGAUCAUCGCUACACAAAAUGCUAUUCAGGGUUCUCAUCUUUAUUCCCAUUUGGACCCCAGGAAGAGUAGCUGCUGCUGCCUUAGUAGCAGCUAAUGGGGACCCUACUGAAUACUAAAUCAUACUGUACAUUUACAUUGCAAAAAGUGUAUGACUGUUCUUGGCAGUACAGUGGAUGGUUUUGUCCCAACUCCUCUAUGGAUUCCUUUCCUUCAUGACCGGGACCGGAAGAGUUUUCCACCAUGUGGUUUCCCCCCCAUCUUCUCCUGACGACAGGUCAGUGAUCAUGGAGGGCAGGACAUAAGGAAAGGAAGCUAAGUUGAUAGUAUUGAGACAGUCACUAACUCCGAGGCUCCAUUCAAAGCAGUUCUUUUGUAUCAGACUGCAGCUUUACUAACGUUUGAAAAAAAAGCUCUAGCGAGAGUAAAGAAGUAAUAUAUAUUAAUGAAUGGAACCUAUUUAAUAAGCUUAUUUUAAAUAUUUUUUGGGACAGCUGUAGAAAUAUUUGCAUCAUUACUUGGUUGAUUUGAGUUUUGUAAGUAGCGCUUCUGUGGUCAGCUGUUUAAAUGAAGCACCUUUAAAUUGAGUCUUGCGCUUUGUAAAUCGUCAAUCCCAGAGGCACAACCCUGCUUGAAACUGUUAGACCUGUUGAACUGCUCACUCUGACUUCAGUUCUGCAGUUUAAGUGUACUUUCUCUUAACAAUAAUAAAAAAGAAUAACUCUU